UUUAACUCGCCCGCACGCAUUCACACACACUCUUCUCCCUCUCCCUCACUCACUCUCUCUCUCUCUCCCACCGUCAAAACUUUUCUCACACUGACUGUGUCGCCAUUUUUCUUUUCUUUUACCGCACAAAGACUUGAGCUUUCUCGAUUUUGUUCAGUUGUCAUGUAGAUCUCUCCUGGGUCUGAGUCUGCGUGUGAAAAUAGUCCACACUGGUUUUACUUCAAGCUCCAAAUCCCUCCCUCUCUCUCUAAACCCACCACCAUGCCCACCUUCUUCUUCUGCAUCUCCUCCAUACUUUUCCUCUUAUCCUGCGCACCCUUCCGUUUAACCUGCACCGCCAUUGCCGCCCACCACCGCCGGGUCCUCCACCAGCCCUUCCGGUCACAAGAUUCACUCCCUCCGACUCAGCCUCCUUCUCCCCAACCGCCGCACGCCAAGAAGUACCCAUUUUCCACUUCCAACCACCCCACCCCGCAGCCGCCCUUCUUCCCCUCCAUAACCUCCCCUCCACCGCCUCCGUCGCCUCCCUCUCCCUCCAACUUCGCCUCCUUCCCGGCCAACAUCUCCUCCCUCAGCCUCCCCAAAAACCCAAAAUCCAAGUCCGCUUCGUCCAAACUCGUUGCCGUUGCCAUCGUCCUCGUUGUCUCCGCCGUCGUCGUCACCGCCAUUACCCUGUUCCUCUACGCCCGCCGCCGAAGACGGGGAAUUUUCGGCGACAGCAAGACCUAUAGAUCCGACAACAGUCUUGGCGUUCUCCCUCCCAAUGGACUACCGAAGCCCCGAAGAUCGCCUCCGAAUAGCUCCGAGUUUCUUUACCUCGGCACCAUUGUCAAUUCUCAUGGCGGCGUCGACGCUCAUGUCGGCCCAAAUAACCACGGCAGUGGCGGUGGCGGCGGGCGAGACCUGAAUUUGAAGAAAAUGGACUCGCCGGAGCUCCGCCCGUUGCCGCCUCUCGGCCAGCAAAAUUUCCGGCAAAAUAAUACAAAUGCCAUUGGGGUUUCUGGCAGUGAGGAGGAAGACGAGGAGUUUUACUCUCCGAGAGGGUCUUCAGUCGGCCCCGAGAGCUCCAUCGGCACCGGAUCGGCCUCCAGGAGAGCAUUUGCUGCCGUAGCGGCGGAAAAUCUUGACGUCAGGACUAGCGAAUCGAGUUCCUCUUCGUCGUACUCAUCAAAUUCGGGUUCGCCUACUCGAUCAGUGUCGUUGAGUAUUUCGCCGCCCGCGAGUUCAAGUCCAAGAAGCUCAAGACCAAAAUCGCCGGACUUGAUGGCCGUUCAGACUGCUCCGCCCCGUCCACCACCACCACCGUCGACACAAUUCGCUAAUUUGACGAGUUCUGCGUCGCCUUCACCGCCGUCCUCGUCCUCACCGGAAAGAGCUUCGGACAAAAGCCUGGAUUCAUCGCCCAGAACAUCAAAUUUUUCGAUUCAAAAUGCGGGGUCUCCGGUGAGGGUUAACAGCGUUUUCACGAGUCAAUUGAACAGCAAUAGGAACUCUCGAUCCCCAUCUCUCUCUCCUUUGUCCUCACCAUCAAGAUUUUUGGGAAAGGCCCAAGAUUCAUCACCGAGAAUAUCCAGUGUUUCGAACCAAAUGGAGUCUCCAGAGAGAAUUAGCAACGCCACUUCGAAUCAAUUUGGAAAUAAGAGAACUUCCCGAUCUCCAUCCCUUUCCUCAUUCUCCUCACCAGAAAGAGGAGGACCCGUGGAAAAGAAAAUCCAAGAUUCAUCGCCAAGAAUAUCCAAUGCUUCCAGUCAAAAUGAGGAGUCUUCUGCGAUAAUUAACAAUAUUGUCUUGACUCAGUCAGACGUUGAAAGGUCUCGAUCUCCAUCACUGUCUUCGUUGUCCUCGCCGGAAAGACCCGUGGAGAAAACCCAAGAUUCAUCACCAAGAAUGUCCGAUCUUUCACUUUCGAAAGCUGAAUCUCCACUGAGGAUCCGAAAUUCUAUUAAGAACCCGGUGCCGGUCUCUGUUGUGCCGCCGCCGCCGCCUCCACCACCGCCCCCACCUCCACCAGGACACUGGGAAACUCCAGUUCAUACUCCAUCACUUCUUCGUAAGCCAAGCUUGAAUCCACCAGUUCUAGUAGCACCUUCAAGGCCUGUGGCUAUUGACAGUCCAACAACUAUUUCUCCAAUCCAAUUGCCUCCCAGUUCUGAAGAUGUUGAGAAGAACGACGAGACUCCAAAACCGAAAUUAAAGCCGCUACACUGGGAUAAAGUCAGAGCAAGUUCGGAUCGGGAAAUGGUGUGGGAUCAGCUAAAAUCAAGCUCCUUUAAAUUGAACGAGAAGAUGAUUGAAACACUGUUUGUUGUAAAUACACCGAACUCAAAUCAGAAAGAAUCAACUCGACGUCAAGUUCUUCCCUCACCAAGCCAGGAAAAUAAGGUGCUUGCAAAGAAAGCACAGAAUAUUGCAAUUUCUUUAAGGGCAUUGAAUGUAACAAUAGAGGAAGUCUAUGAAGCCCUUUCAGAAGGUAAUUCAGAUGCUCUUGGAACUGAGCUGCUUGAAAGUUUAUUGAAGAUGGCUCCAACAAAGGAUGAAGAACGUAGACUGAAAGAGUACAAAGAUGAUUCACCAUUCAAACUUGGACCUGCGGAGAGAUUUCUGAAGGCAGUGCUUGAUAUACCUUUUGCGUUUAAAAGGGUGGAAGCAAUGCUCUACAUGGCUAAUUUUGAGUCUGAGGUUGAGUACCUCAAAAAAUCGUUUGAUACUCUUGAGGCAGCCUGUGAAGAACUGAGGAGCAGCAGGAUGUUUUUGAAGCUUCUAGAAGCUGUGCUGAAGACUGGAAACCGCAUGAAUGUUGGGACAAACCGGGGUGAUGCCCAAGCCUUCAAGCUUGACACACUCCUCAAGCUCGUUGAUGUCAAGGGUGCCGAUGGGAAAACCACUCUCUUGCAUUUUGUUGUGCAGGAAAUAAUAAGAAGUGAAGGCGCUCGUCUUUCAGAUGGUAACCAAAACCCAAAGUCAAGUUUUAAUGACGACACAAAGUGUAGGAAGCUUGGCCUCCAAGUUGUUUCUGGUCUCAGUUCAGAACUCUCAAAUGUGAAGAAAGCUGCUGCCAUGGAUUCAGACGUGCUUAGCGGUGAUGUAAUGAAACUCUCAAAAGGACUUGGGAACAUUGCAGAGGUUGUAGGAUUAAAUCAAACAAGGGGAUCAGAUGGCAGCAGCCAGAAAUUUUCAGAGUCGAUGAACAGGUUCAUGAAAAUGGCGGAGGAGGAGAUUUUUCGCAUUCAAGCCCAAGAGAGCGUUGCUCUUUCGCUAGUGAAGGAGAUAACUGAAUAUUUUCAUGGAAACUCGGCCAAGGAAGAAGCUCAUCCGUUUAGAAUCUUCAUGGUGGUGAGGGACUUCCUAACAGUUCUUGAUCGGGUUUGCAAGGAAGUUGGAAUGAUCAACGAGCGUACACUAGUCAGCUCUGCCCACAAAUUCCCAGUUCCAGUAAAUCCGAUGUUGCAGCCAGUUAGCAGUGGAUUCCCCGUAAAGCAUCAGUUCAGUUCCUCAGAUGAUGAAACCUAAUCUUUUUGUGGCUUAUGUUGAACAUCAAGGUCAAGGCAAGAGCCCAAAUUGAAUGUAAUCUAUGUAGUCUGGCUGGACAGGAGCUUGUUUGGGCAUGGAACUUUAGUUCCACAAGUGUAAUUUUUUACCUUUUGUAUCUAUAUAUAGCUUUCAUGUAAAAGGUUUUUGGGAAUUUUUUACUCUCUAUAUAUAUGUACACAUACAUAUGCAAA